AUGGGAUUACAAAAGAGCGCGCUUGUCGCCGGCGCGAGUGUGCGCGCACUGCCGCGCUGGUCUGUUAACUUCACGUCUGUCAUGGAGCUGGAAGUGGAACCGAGCGUCGUCGUGUUCACUGCGCUCGCCUUGCUGGUGGCCGCCGCUGUGCUUCUUCGCCGCCGGCGCAAAGCCGCCUCAGACGACGGGCCUACGUCCGGAUGCUUAGCGGCUCAGCUUCAGACUGUCCCAGAACCAAAAGCGGUUUCAGCAGAAGAGCCACAACCUGUCCAAGAGUCCCAGUCUUGUGCAGGAACAGUCUUUGAAACAGAUGACCACCUUACUGAACCUGUUUCUGAAUCAGUGUCUGUUCCAGAAGCAAUCUCAAUGCCAGACCCACUUUUAGAACCAACAAGACUUAAAGUUUCCGAGCUUUUUCCAGACCCUGUUAACAAAUUCCGCACUGUUAAAGAAGCAGUUUCUGAAAGCGAGCCAGUUUUAGCCUCACAUUUAGUUUCACAAACUGUCCCUCAGCCAGCCGUUGCCAGACCCGAACCAGUUCCUGUGCAAGAAACUAACCCUCAGCUAGAACCUGUACUUGAAUCACUUACAACACCAGAAGCUGUCUCUUGGCCAAAGCCCGUUUGUGAAUCACUUUUAGCCCAAGAACCUGUUCCAGAAACCGUUACGCAGCCAGAACCUGAACUUGAAAUACUUUUAGCACCAGAACCAGUUCCAGUAACUGUGACACCACCAGAACCUGUACUUGAACCACUUUCAAUACCAGAAUCUAUCCCUGAGCUAAAACCUGUUUGUGAAUCACUUUUAGCCCCCAAACCAAUUCCAGAAUCUUUAUGUGAAACACUUUUAGCACCAGAACCAGUUCCAGAAACUGUGACCCAGCCAGAACCCGUACUUUCAAUACCAGAAACGGUCUCUCAGCCAAAACCUGUUUGUGAAUCACUUUUAGCAUCAGAACCAGUUCCAGAAACUGUUACUCAGCCAGAACCUGCACGUGAAACACUUUUGGCACCAGAACCAGUUCCUGGAACUGUUACUCAGCUAGAAUCUGCUACAGUCACAUGUAGUGUUCAGGAACACGUCUCGGAAUCCACAGUAAAACCUGUUCUGGAACAAAUUUUAGAAGCGAAACAAUGCUCCCAAGCAGACCCAGAAGUAGCAGUGCUAGUUUCUGAUGCAGUAUCAGUAGCACAGGUCGUUCCAGAAGAAGAACCGUCCUCAAAACCAGUCUCAGAAGUGCAAUCGGUUAUCCAGUCAGAAUCGGCACAGAAUGAGGUCUUGCAGGUUGUGGCUGACCAGGUUUCGGUUCACCUCGAUCAAUCUGGGUUAGCACCGCUCCCAAGAUCUGACAAGGAAAACCCACUGACUUCCGAACCUGUUGCGGAGCAAGCAGUGGACGUGGACUUUAAUGGUGAGGUGGCGGCGGCAGCGGUGGAGGAGGAUAAAGUGACAUUCACGCCCGGAAAGAAAGCCAACAAAUUUGAAACGUUGAUGACCAAGGAAGAACUGGAGGAGGAGCAAAGCUAAUCUGUGACUACGAGAAAACCAAAUGGAAGAUGAGUCGACAAAACUGUGAUUAUUUUUGAAAUGCUGAAUAUGGACUCAAUGGCGGUAGGGGCGGGGGGCGUGUUGCUUCAUGGAAACAAGUAGAAGAUCCAAGUUUUCAUAUGAAGCUUCAAUAAAAUAGUUUGGGAUGACCCAUUUUAGCAUACCCUUCAAAGAGAUGUUUUGGACGUGAUUUGACAUGCACCGCAAUUACUCACUGGUUAACCAAACGUGUCCAUCUGUCUGCCAUUCGUCCAUCAUCCGUCCGUCAUUCGUCCAUCGUCCGUCCGCCAUUCGUCCAUCAUGCUGUUCCACCAGGGUACAACAGGAGCAGUUGGCAGCCAUCUUCUUGCUCCUGAGGGAGAAUGCGGAGGCUCUGGGUGAUGUGACGGAGGGUGACAUGGAAGA